AAGUUUAAACUUGUCACAAUGGUUUGCAGGAUGCUUGUUAUGGGAAUGUUCUUAUUGUUUGUUGAAACAGUUUACGGAUAUAAUAUAGACGUAGACUUUCCUAUCAUUUAUUCUAGUAACAAUGCGUUUAAUUAUUUCGGUUAUACUGUACAUUUAUACUACGAAAUGGAUACUGAUAUAUCCUGGUUGAUAGUUGGAGCACCAAAAGAAAAUUAUUCUUGGUAUGAUACACAAAAAUUUCCGUACCUACUUGAGCCUGGUGUUGUGUAUCGGUGUACGAUUAAAAAUGACGAGUGUCAAGAAGUUAGACCAGAAAAAAUUAAAAAUGAGGAAGGAUAUGAUACGCGAUACGAAAUGAAGACGAUUAUACGAAAACAAUUCGGUUGGUUUGGAAGUGCCAUUUCUAUAGAUGAACCAAAUGGAAUUCUGACAGUAUGUGCACCACGGACGAUUGUAAUGAUUUCAAAACCAUUCACAGAUAUUAAUUUCGAAACUAUGCAAGGCAUGUGUUACAGUGGAGAAAUUUCUUCAAACGCUUUGUUUAUUGAAAAUAAUCUGAAAUCUUAUAAUUUUGGAACAAAAUUCUGGUACAAUCCGUUAUAUGGUUUUUCUUUUCAUUAUGCCUCAACGAAGCAAACCGAAAGCAGUAAUGAUAAAAAAAAGGGAAAUUACAUCGUAGGAAAACCAAAGCACGAAGAUUUCGGAACCGUGGAUAUAAUGUAUUCAAACGAAAUAACGUCUAUAGAGUUGUCGUCUCUUUACACUGUAUCUCAGUUCGGAUACAGUGUUGAAUCUGGCUAUUUCUUUAAAAAAGAUCAAUUGCUUUUCGUCAGUGGAGCACCUGGAUGGAACUAUGUUGGCAUGGUAGUAAUAAUCAACCCAGAAACUAAAUCUCUUACGAAACUGAACGGUACUAAUAUUGGUGAAUUUUUUGGAGCCAGUUUGGCUGUAGGGGAUAUAAACAAUGAUGGUUUAGAUGAUCUUCUAAUUGGAGCACCCUAUUGCAGAGAAGAUAAUGGCAGAGUCUACGUAUAUUUUGGUACAUUCGAGGAACGAUUUGAAAUGGCUGAUAUAUUAGACGGGCACGUACAAGGAGCCCAUUUUGGAUAUACCAUAGCUAGCGGUGAUUUGGAUGCCGAUGGAUAUGAUGAUAUCAUCGUAGGAUCACCUUGGGAAGAUGAUGGCGUAAUUUAUAUAUUCAACGGCGGUUCGUCAAAUCUGCAAGUGACCGAGCGAAUUGAACCUGCAAAAUUUUUUCGAUAUUCUUCAUACAAUAUACAGAGAUUUGGAUUUUCAAUUUCAAAACCUGUUGAUAUCGAUGCCAAUGGAUAUCUGGAUAUCGCAGUUGGAGCAUACAAAUCAGGAAAUGCUGUGAUAUUACGUAGUAAGCCAAUAAUAAAAACAGAACUUUUAAUUGAAACUAUACCUAAUACGUUGCAAAGAAAUGCUACACAUUUCUUAGUUAAAAUAUGCCCAAUAUAUACUAUGCAUAAUAUACUACAUAGUGAAGGAGUUAUAAAAUUUAAGAUCACAGUUACUAUAGAUGAACGUUACCAACGAACUAAACAAACAACUUUGGAAUUAAAAUCAUCUAACUUAAUAUCAGAUAUUUGUCUAUCUGCUCAAGUUAAUAUUUCGAAAAACAUACGAGAUUUCAUCGAGCCAAUUACUAUUUUUGCGAAACAUGAUUUUUUAUAUGAUAAUGUAGCGACUGAUUUUUGCAAAUAUUGUCCUGUUGAGAAAAGAAACAAUAAACUACAAAUUGCACAAACUGUACUUCCUUUCAAUAUCGACUGUGGAGAGGAUAAAGUUUGUAAUUCUAAUAUAUCUGCCACUGCAAAAUUUUAUAAUGUACAAAUCAACGAUACAUGGGUUAUUGGCUCGAGCGACAUAAGUUUGGAAAUUAAUUUAAAAAACUAUGGAGAACCUGCGUAUCUCGCCAUGCUUGAAUUCACGUUCCCCAAGGGAAUAAUAUUACGUAGCAUUUUACCUUUUUGUCAUGAGGAUAAUUCCAAAGAAAAUUUAAUAGUAAUCUGCGAUACGGGGAAUCCCAUUUGGAACGAAGAAGAGAGAAGUGUUAAAUUAGAUUUGGAUAUGAAAUUAAUUAAUGGAUCCUACGAUGAUAAAUUACAUUUUUAUGCAACGAUAAAAACUCGUAGUAUAAAUCAUGGAACAGCGAACAUAAUCAAAAUUCUUAAUUUAGUAAACGAAGUUUCUUUACUUCUGCAUGGGAAAGCAAACGAAGAAGCCUACUACUUAACUACUUCAACCGAAAGUUCUUCAAAUAUUACUUUCCAACACACUUAUGAAGUAUACAAACAUGGAGCAUCACCUAUUGAAAGUGCGCAACUCAUUGUUAAAGUGCCAUUAGCUAUUGAAGAUUUAAAAACUUUGAUAUACAUAUACAAACCUCAACUAUAUAUAUCAGGAGAACUUUUUGAAUGCUCUUCAGAAAAUAUUUUAUUAGAUAAUCAACUAGAUGUGGUUGACGAAGAACCAUUCUUAGCUCAAUUUGACAAAAGAAACGUAAAAACUUCAGCUUUAUAUUUGCAUGACGUGAAGAAUAUUCAAACUUCAGAAAAACUGAAUAAAAAUUGGAUGAAUGAUAUUACUUAUAUAAAUUGUACAACAUCUGAGAUAAAUUGUACAACUUUUGUAUGCAGUUUAAAUACGUUGAAAACAUUACAAGAUGUCGGAAAGUUGGUGAUUAAAUUUCUAUUAGAUAUCGAUAAAUUUAGAGACAAUUUUAAGGAUAAUAGAGCUGUUUUAAAAUUUUCCACUGAAGUAAGCGUAGAAAUCAUAAAACCCGAUGUGAGACUAGAUAUCAAUGAAACUCGAUCUACAAUGGAAGUUAUAACAACAUUUUAUUACACUUCCAAAACAGAAAAGCUGCAGCUAUGGAUUAUUUUUGUUUCUGUUUUAGUCGGAUUGUUAUUAUUAUGCACGAUUGCUACAAUUUUAAAUAUGUUAGGAUUUUUUAAACGGAAAGGAAAACAGGACUUAGCAAAACAAGAAAAUAAUGAAAUAAUAGAAAAUGGAAAUACGACUGUGAUUAAAUCUGAAAUCUGAUAUGUGAUAUUUAGUCAAUGAAAAGUACUUAAAAGGUAACAUCUAAUAUCACACAUAUAUUUUGUAAAAAGCAAAUUAUAUUUAAUAGAUUUCUAAUGUUUAUUUACAUUAUAUUCAUAUCUUUCAUGAAAAACGCCCAUACACGUAUACAAAUAUCUACUUUUAUUAAUUACA